GAAAAGCUGGAUAACAGAGCAUGUUUUCAUUCUCAACCUUGCCAUGCCUUUCAUUUUACCCGUUUGCCCUUAAUUGUUCAAAUAUUCUCAAUGCAGCCCUCCUUAAUUCGUCGGCCAAGAAGUUUCCAUUUCCCAUGGCCCAACACAGACGCACCACUUGACAUCCCUUGACGCCGUCAUUUCAUUCAAACCGCGUUGAUGUCCCUGAACUACGUCCCCUUUUCCCACACCAAAUCCGCUUAACAACCACCACCCUUUCUCACCCACCUCCUCACGGCUCACUCCUCCCUUCCUCUCUCUCUUUCUCUCUCUCUCUCUUCAUCCAUGGCCGCUAGACGUAUCCCUUCUUCCCUCCUCCUCUUCCUCCUCUCCCUCAUCUCUGCCGCGACCUCAGCCGCCCAGGCGCCGUCGACGAGGAACAUCCAGGUGCAAUUCCCCUCCUUCCCCGCCCCCGCCUUCCAAAUCCCCCCUCCUCCGCCGCCGGCGCAGGCUCCGGCCCCGGCUUCGACUCCCCCGCUGCCACAAUCCAGCACUUCCAGAGUGAGGGUCGCCGUCGCCAUCACCGCCUCCAGCAGCAUCGCCCUCUGCGCUCUUCUUUUUGCGGGCUUCUUCUUCCUCGCCCAGCGCCUCCAGGUCAGAGUCGGCGAUGGCGCCCUCCCCGAGCGCUCAGAUUCGGCACCUAAGGGUCAGACCGCGUCGGGCGGAAUUGUUGACGAGAAUGGGCUGGACGCCAUCUACUGGCGCGAGUUCAACGAGAAGAGGUGCCCCUUCUGCCAUAACGAGUUGGAUGCCUCUGAAGUCCGGGAACAAGGCGAUAGUGGCGGUGGCGGUGGCGGUGGGGAUGCUGAUGGAUCGUCCCCGGAAAAUCCGGGGAGGGUACAAGAAAGGCCGUUGCUUCCCGCCGGCAGCAUCAGCUCAUCGCAGUCGUUUUCUUCGGAGCAGAGCACGCCGUCUGUGUUCUCCUUUGCCGCCGUCCGAACCGCUGGGAGCGCGAAGCAUAUGGGUGUUUCCCGCCAGGAAUCAGCCACUCGGUCAGCGGGAAGAUCGAAUUCGGAGUCUUCGUUAUCAUCGGCAGCGCUACCGCCUCCGUCUCUUCCUCCCCAUCGACCGACGAUGACAUCAAUCGCGGCCUCUGUGCCCCUGCCAGCUUCGGAAUCAAACGCGCCUCCACCUCGACAACCACCGGCGACGACCAAAUCGAGCGCGGCCCCUCCAGCACCUCCUCCCCCACCGGUCGCGAAAUCAAUUCCCGCGGGCCCACCUCCACCACCUCCUCCUCCAGGGAAAACCCCACCCGCAGCUCCAUCACGCCCUCCAUUGCCUCCGCCGGCCCCACCAACCGGCGGCGGCCGUACAGCCAUCGGCCCCUCAGCGAUGCCGCCGCAGUCGUCGGCCGCGGCGGCGGCGAAGAAGCUGAAACCGCUUCACUGGGACAAGAUGAACCCGGACAACGCCCAACACUCCAUGGUCUGGGACAAGAUCACGGACGGUUCAUUCAGAUUCGAUGAGGACAUAUUGGAAGUCCUGUUUGGCACGAUGGCCACCAACCGGAAGUCCCCCGCCGGCGGUAAAGCUGGCGGUGCUUCCGGCAAUUCCGGCCCCAGCACGCAGACAACCGUGAUCUCCUUUCUGGACCCGCGCAGGUCGCAGAACAUCGCUAUCGUCCUCCGCUCACUGUCCCUGAGCCGCUCGGACAUCCUCGACGCCCUCGUCGAGGGCCGCGGCCUCCCCGUUGAAGUCCUCGAGCGCCUCACCAAGGUAGCCCCUACCGAGGAGGAGGCGGCGUUGAUCCGUAGCUACGACGGCAACCCCGGCAAGCUCACUGAAGCGGAUUCCUUCCUCUUCCACAUCCUCCGCGCUGUCCCCUCCCCGUUCGCCCGCUUCAACGCCAUGCUCUUCCGGGCCAACUACGAGCACGAGGUGGCGCAGCUGCGGCAGUCGCUCCAGACGAUGGAGGCGGCGUGCAAGGAAAUGAAGACCCGCGGCCUUUUGCUCAAGCUACUGGAAGCGGUCCUCAAAGCCGGCAACCUCAUGAACGCCGGCACGGCCCGUGGCAACGCCCAGGCCUUCAACCUCUCCGCCCUCUGCAAGCUCUCCGACGUGAAGAGCGCCGACGGGAGCACGACGCUGCUGCAGUUCGUGGUGGAGGAGGUCGUCCGGUCGGAGGGCAAGCGGCUUGUUGUCAAACGCAACCAUAGCUUCGGCCCGACGACCCUGGACCGCACCACGAGCCACAGCGGCGCCUCCGGAACGAGGGAGGAAAGGGAGAAGGAGUACAUCAAGCUGGGCUUGCCCAUCGUCGGGGGGAUCAGCGACGAGUUCUCCAGCGUCAAGAAGGCGGCCAGCAUCGACCCCGACGCCCUCGCAGGUACCUGCUCCUCUCUAACCGCCCGCCUGGCUGAGAUUCAGCAGUUCCUGGGCACGUGCGGCAACGACGGGUUCACGAGGGAGAUGCGGGAGUUCGCGGCGGCGGCGGCGGAGGAUCUGCGGGCGGCGAGAGCAGAGCAGGGGCGGGUGAUGGAGCUGGUGAGGGGCGUCACGGACUACUACCAGCCGGGAUCCUCCAGGGCGAAGGGAAGCCACCCGAUGCUGCUGUUCGUCAUCGUGAGAGACUUCUUGAACAUGGUCGACAAGACCUGCGUCGACAUCGCCCGCAACCUGCAGACGAAGAAGAAGCCGCAGCAGGCGGAAGCGUCGGGGAGUCAAAGGAAACCAGUGGCGCGGUUUCCCUGCUUGCCGCCGAACUUCUUGUCGGAAAAUCCCAAGUCGGAAUCGAGCAGCGACGACGAUGAGGCCGGAUCGUGACAGGGGAUCGAGACAACGAUCACAAGGACAAAGGCCUGUUAAGCAUUCGAUUAUUGGCAGCAUUGAUUCUUUUUUUAGAGAAAUUUUUAAAUUCGUCUCGAAUGUUGUUCAUGCAAAUUAAUGCCGUGAUUAAAAUAUAAAUUUUGUACAUUUGUACAUCAAUUCCCAAUAUGAUUAAAACGAACUUGUGAUGGAUUGUCCUCAGAA